UCAAAACCAAUUCCAUUUCAAUUUGACAGUGGCAUUAGCCUAUGGAAUCUACAAACAGGACCUUCCCACUCCAGAGGAGAAAGCUCGCAAUGUUGUGUUUGUGGACAUGGGACAUUCAUCUUACCAAGUUGCAAUCACGUCUUUCAACAAAGGCAAACUCAAGGUCCUCGCCACAGCGUUUGACCCCAAUCUGGGCGGGCGUAAUUUUGACGAGGCCUUGGUGAAUUAUUUCUGCGAGGAGUUCAAAGUGAAGUACAAGCUGCACGUGCGAGACAACCCCAGGGCUGUGCUCUGUCUGCAUCAGGAGUGCGAGAAGCUCAAAAAGCUCAUGAGCGCCAACUCUUCAGACCUGCCUCUCAACAUUGAGUGCUUCAUGAACGACAUUGACGUUUCCAGCAGGAUGAACAGG